AUGCUCCAUCCAGAUGAGGAAACAAACAGGGCCCUAAUCAUUAGACUUGACAUGUCAGAGUAUAUGGAAAAAUACUCGGUAACUCGACUCAUCGGGGCACCACCAGGGUACGUUGGUUAUAACAAAGGUGGACAACUAACGGAAGCUGUGAGGAGACGACCUUAUUGCGUUGUACUAUUUGAUGAAGUUGAGAAGGCUCAUGUUGACGUAUUCAACACGCUACUUCAAGUGCUAGAAGACGGGAGAUUAACAGAUUCCCAUGGGAGGACAAGCGAUUUCACAAACUCUGUCAUCAUAAUGACUUCAAACCUUGGUGCUGACCACCUUCUUUCAGGGCUUUCAGGUGAAGUGACGAUGGAAGUUGCUCGGGACCAAGUGAUGCAAGCAGUGAAAAAACAUUUCAGGCCAGAGUUGCUAAACAGAUUAGAUGAGACAUUGGUGUUUGAUCCUCUGUCGCAAGAGCAACUGAGGAAAGCGGUUCAACUACAAAUGAAGAAUGUAGCUUUCCGGCUUGCUGACAAAGGUGUAGCUAUGGCUGUCACGAAUGCUGCAUUGGACUACGUUUUAGCAGCGAGUUACGACCCGGUGUAUGGUGCUAGGCCCAUGAGGAGAUGGCUGGAGAGGAAUGUGGUCACAAAGCUGUCGCAGAUGAUUUUGCGAGACGAAAUCGAUGACAACUCUACUGUGUACAUUGAUGUAAAUGCGACCAAAACUGAUCUUGUCUACAGAAUAGAUAAGAAGAGAGGGUUAGUGGAGGAGAAUGAGCAAAAUUCAGAUGUGGUGAUUCUUUUUGGGAACAAGAGGAGAAAACCUAAUGAAGAGCUUUUAGUGAUGGGGAGAUCUUCAAGGGAUGAAAUUUGUGCUUUAAAGACUUAUGGAAGAGACUUGGUUGAGCAAGCAAGUAAGCUUGAUACUGUGAUUGGCCGAGACGUGGAGAUUAGAAGAGUAGUUAGGAUUCUGUCCAGGAGAACGAGGAACAGCCCGGUUCUAGUCGGAGAACCAGGGGUUGGCAAAACCGCUGUGGUGCAAGGUUUAGCACAAAGGAUAAUGAAAGGAGACGUGCCGAGCAAUCUAACCGAUGUAAAACUCAUUGCCUUGGACAUGUGUGCAUUAGUUGCUGGAUCAACGUACAAAGGACAGUUCGAGGAGAGAUUGGAGUCUGUGUUGAAAGAGGUUGAGGAUGCUCAAGGAAAAGUUGUUCUCUUUAUCGAUGAGAUCCACAUGUUUCUCGGUGCUUCCACGGAUGCUGCUAUUUUGCUAUCUAGAGGCGAGCUUCCUUGUAUUGGAGCUACAACGCUACCGAAAUACCGUAAAUACGCUGAGAAAGAUGCUACGUUUGAGAGAAGGUUCCAGCAAGUGUUAGUAGCUGAGCCUAGUGUGCCUGACACCAUCAAUAUUCUUAGAGGGGUUAAAGAAAAAUAUGAAGGACACCAUGGUGUUCGUAUCCAAGACAGAGCUCUUGUUGUUUCUGCGCAGUUGUCUGCUCGUUACAUCGCUGGUCGAGCUUUACCGGAUAAGGCAAUUGAUUUGGUUGAUGAGGCUUGUGCAACGUAA